AUGAAGAAUUCAUCACCACCAUGUUUCACUGAUUCAUCUUCAUUUUCUGUUCCAAACACUUUCAUAGGAAUUGUUCUUCUCAACUCCAAAAUCAGAUCUACAUCUUCUUGUAACAACAACAACACUCUUCUCUUAACUCGUUCUGAGCUUCUUAGAGACUUUGCAACAAGAGAGUUCAAUGCUUUUCUUUGGGUUUUUCUUCUUGUUAUCACUUUUCUUUUGCUUAGAAGACUCUUCAACGUUUUCACUUUCUUGUACAAAGCUAGAACUAUACCUGGACCACCAGCUUCAUGUAAGAUUGAUCAAGUACUAGCAACAGAAUUGAACGAAAGAUUGAUCAAAACGGCUAAUCUGAACCCUCUGAAGGUUGCAGACUUUAUCAUAGAUCGAAUAGGAAAAAUCAGAGUCGGGGGAAGCAUUAAUUGUGAGUUGGUUUCUCAGCGUAUGGCUUUCACAUUAAUGGGAGCCACGUUCUUUGGAGACGGCUUCUUGACAUGGCCGAAGGCUGCGAUAUAUGAAGAACUUCUUAUGAUGGUUUCUAAAGAAUCUUGCUUUUGGGCUUCCUAUAAUGUUACUCCAUUUUGGACACGAGGAUUUUGGAGGUAUCAACGCGCAUGUAAAAAGUUAAGAGGCUUAACUGAAGAGAUUCUUCAUUGCAGAAAGAGUUGCGAGAGUUUAGACCAUAUCGAUCAAAAUGUUCGUAGCGAGAGUUCCAACCUAGAAACAAAAUCAGCAAAUGGUGCACAAUGCCGUUCUAAUGAUCAUGCGUGUGACAUCAUGCGUGUGAUGCUUCAUGGAUCUCAAACUACAGCGGUUUUAUUCGCCAAUGUAUUGACUAAUCUUAUCAAGCAUGUGGAAAUACAGGAUAAGGUUUAUUCGGAGAUUAGCAUGGUUGGGAGAAACCCUUUGAAAUAUGAGCAUGAAGAUGUAUAUAGGAUGCCUUUGCUAUUGGCUACAAUUUAUGAAUCUGCGCGUCUUCUCCCCACUGGUCCCAUGCUUCAGAGGUGUUCUAUGAAACAAGACUUGAGAUUUGCAACUGGUGUAACCAUUCCUGCUGGAGCUGUACUGGUUGUUCCGGUUCAAUUGGUACAGAAGGAUGACAUCAAUUGGGGGAAAGAUGCAAGUGAUUUUAAUCCAUACCGAUUUCUGUCAAAUGUUACCGAAGGAUCAGAACAACUUGGUUAUGGAAUCAGCUCGUUUGUACUAAACGAUCCAAAUGAAAAUGCAGCAUUUCUUCCUUUUGGAUCCGGAACAUGUUGCUGCGUUGGGCAGAAAUUUGUUAUCCAAGUUGUUGCCACAUUGUUGGCAUCAUUACUCAACAAAUACGAGAUAAGGUUCAACUCAGGCUCAGAUGGUGACUCAGAACCAUUGAAAAAUCUUCCUCGUCAGUAUCAUCCUAAUUCACAAAUACAGUUUGUGAGAAGGGGCCAGUGA